ACAGCAGCUCCACACAUACAGGAACAUGCCAGUGCUGUGUGUGACAGGGAGUGUUCUUUCAGCACAGCACGACAACAAGAGGAGAAAACUAAUCCAGGGAUUCACAUGUAAAUCUUUCAUUUCUAAGAGGAGCAAACUGUUCUUUCUCUUUAACAGGGCGGGGGAAUCAUGGCUGCAGAACAAGAGGCUGAACAAACUGUUUCUCAAGAGCUGAACAACCCCUCUGAGCUGAGGAUCGUGCUGCUUGGGGGAAGCACCUACGGUAAGGCUGGGAAGAGUUCAUCAGGAAACACCAUCCUGGGAAGAGAGGCAUUUAGAUAUGGAAUCAGCUUCUCUGAAAGAACGAGGGAGUGUGAGAAGAGAACAGGAGAUAUGGCUGGGAGACGGGUCACUGUUGUCGACACUCCAGACUUGUUAUACACACACCGGGUCGAGAUUGAGAGAUGUGUUUCUCUGUCUGCCCCAGGACCCCACGCUUUCCUCCUAGUGAUCCCGGUGUGUCCAAAAGAAAUUAUUGAUGCUCACAGUAAGCUUAUAGUAGAACAAUAUUGCAAAGCCUUUAAUAAAGUCCAACAGCUGUUCGGUGAGAGAGCUGUGAGGAACACAAUGAUCCUUUUCACCUUCGGGGAUGAUCUGAGAGGCAGGACGAUUGAGCAGCACAUCAAGGAAGCUGGUGAAGAGUUCCAUCAGCGUGUUGAGAAAUGUGGGACCAGGUAUCAUAUUCUCAACAAUAAGAAGAGGAGCGAUCACACUCAGGUCACACAGCUUCUGGACAAGAUAGACAGCAUGGUGAAGGGAAAUGGAGGCUGCUACCUCCCAAAUGAGAUUUACCAGCAGGUAGAAGAAAGGAUUAGACUAAAGGAACAGGAGCUGAAUGAGAAACACAAAGAGGAACUUAGCAGGAAAGAGGAGAUGAAACACAAAUAUGAGGAGGAACAGUGUAGGAGAGAAGAGGAGUUGAAACAGAAAUAUGAGGAGGAACAGAGGAGGAGAGAAGAGGACCUGAAACAGAAAUAUGAGGAGGAACAGAGUAGGAGAGAAGAGGAGAUGAAACAGAAAUAUGAGGAGGAGCAGUGUAUGAGAGAUGAGGAACAAUAUAACAUUGAGGGCCCUUGA